UUGCGAUUCAAAUUCAAAAUAAUCAUAAUCAAAAAAAGGAAACACACAAAAACAAAAUGGCGAGAUCUAUCUAUUUGUGCAUCUUCUUAUUAUUCAUUACUUGGAUUUCAAUUCUAUCCACAAGCUUUCCGCUCUCCACAAAAACUCGUUGGAUCGUAGACGAGAAAGGCCAAAGGGUGAAGCUAGCCUGCGUGAACUGGCCCGCUCAUCUCCAGCCCGCUGUGGCUGAAGGUCUAAGCAAACAGCCAUUAGACUCCAUUUCCAAGAAGAUUGUCUCGAUGGGAUUUAACUGCGUUAGGCUCACUUGGCCUCUUGAUUUGAUGACUAAUGACACACUGGCUCUUAAAAUCACGGUCAAACAGUCUUUUGAAAGCUUGAAGUUGUUUGAUGAUGCUCUUGGGAUUCAAACUCACAAUCCCAAAAUCCUUAAUCUUCCCAUAUUCAAUGCAUUCCAGGAAGUUGUAUCGAACCUUGGACAAAACGGAUUGAUGGUGAUACUAGACAACCACUUGACAUAUCCAGGCUGGUGUUGCAGCGACAACGACCUCGACGCUUUCUUCGGCUACCCUAACUUUGAUCCCGUCAUUUGGGCCAAGGGCUUGGGAAAGAUGGCUACUCUUUUCCGCAAUGUCACUAAUGUCAUUGGCAUGAGCCUUAGGAACGAGCCACGUGGUACUAGAGAUUACCCUGACCUCUGGUUCAGGUUCAUGCCAAAAGGAGCAGAAGCAGUGCACGCCGCAAACCCUGAAGUACUAGUCAUCCUCUCCGGCAUAGACUUCGACACAAACCUCUCUUUCCUUCGUGACCGCUUCUUCAACGUCAGCUUCACCGAUAAACUCGUCUUCGAGCAGCAUUGGUACAGCUUCUCCCACGAGGGAGGCGCGUGGGUAAAACACAACUCCAACGAUAUUUGCGCCAAAAUCAUCGGGGAAGUCAAUCAUAAUGGAGGAUUCUUGCUCGACAGAGGCUUUCCUUUGAUUUUGAGUGAGUUUGGGACUGACGAGAGAGGCGUUGACGUCAGCGGAAACCGGUAUAUGAAUUGUUUGGUGGCUUGGGCCGCUGAGAAGGAUUUGGAUUGGGCGGUUUGGGCAUUAACCGGAGAUUAUUAUUUGAGAACCGGUACAAAACAUAUGGUUGAGACUUAUGGCGUUUUGGAUGCUACUUGGAAAAACGUCAGAAACUCUACUUACUUGCAGAAACUCUCCGGAAUUCAACAUCCAUUUAGAGGACCCGGUUUACAAGAGAAAAAGCUUGUUUUGCACCCACAUACUGGUCUAUGUGUCACCACUAACCACUCAGGCAAUGUACCAACACUUCGACUUGAACUAUGCACUCAAUCAGAGUCAUCCACCUUCAAUCCCAAGGAAGGUAUUCUCUGGGUCAAUAAAAUGUGCGUCGAAACUCCAGAUGUUGCUGGACAAAAAGUGAAGCUUGGAGUUGGCAGUAAGUGCUCUAAGUUGGGACAAAUCUCAGCUACUAAGAUGCAUUUGUCGUUUAAGACAAGUAAUGGCUUGUUACUAUGUCUUGAUGUGGAUGAACGUGACAACAUCAUUGUCGCUAACCCUUGCAAGUGUUUGACCAAGGAUGCUUCGUGUGAUCCAGCGAGCCAGUGGUUCAAAGUUCUUUAAAUUCUAUAUAUUUUAUUCUGAUAAAAUGUAUUUAUAAUAAUUUUACGGUCAAACAUGUUAAUCAUUAAAAUUUAAUAAAAAAAUCGUGAUUGGACAGAAAUCGUAAGGAAACCAAAGAAAUCAAGUUAGCAUACUAUUACUAUAUAUGAUGAUGGGAAAAAAAUGUCAUCUCCAUCUGUACUACUGCUAUUAAACCUAAACUGAAGAAACCGAGCCCCAAUAUGUUUGUUUACGUGGUAACUUCUUCUCUCCACAUGUCAGUCAACUUGGCCACCGAGAGUCAUGAGUCAUGCUUUUAAGUUAGUAUACUAUUACUAUAUAUGAUAAGGUUUAAAUUUAAGAACAGAGAAAAGAUAUAAAAAAACAGAGAGAGAAAAAAUGAUAAGACUGAGGUUUCAACCAAGCACCGUCGGUGUUUUAUCGGCGUCAGUCAACCGCGCCUGGUUAACCAGACGUUACGGUACGAAUGAACCGGGAUCGACUCGUGGGUUUGGAACGUCGGCGAUGGCGGCGAGUCCUUUGGAAAUCUGCGUCAAAGCUUCCGUCACUACACCCAACAAGCUUGGUGACUGUUAGCUCUCUCUCCCUCGCUCUUUCUCUUGAUAGGAACUUUGAACAGUGAAUGACAAUUUAAAGCGUGCCAGGGUCCUUAAAGUACGGGGUUUUGAAA